GCUAUAAAGAAUGUGGUUGUAACGACUGCCCUUUUGACUUUAAUUUAGUCAUCAUUCUCAACAUGUUUAAAAUCUGUAUGUGUACUUGUCUUCUCCUCAGUUUGACGAUUGUGGAGAUGAAGGCUCUCAAAGUAACGGGCCAUGUUGGUGAAAAGGUGACAUUUAAAUGUUGUAACUGGAAAACUUGGACAGAAAUACGAACUAAUGUUAAGUAUCUUUGUGAAAAACCAUGCAAACAAGACAAGCACAUCAUCAUCAAAGCAGCAUUUAGUAUGACUGAGAAAAAGGACAGAAUACAGAUAACAAACGUAGAUGAUUGUUUGUUGGUGACUUUCAUGGAUCUCAAAUUGUCAGACUCCAAAACAUAUUAUUGUGGAGUGGAGCGAUUUAUCUGGGAUUCAUUUAUAGAGGUGAAUCUUCAAGUUAUUGAUGGUCCGAUAACCUCUGUUACAACAACUACAGCUGGUUUGACAUCAUCAUUUCCUGUGACAACAACGAGCACCAUGUCCUCAAGGUUGGAUAUGACUACAAAUUCAGCUUUGUCAUACAGCACCCUUCAUGACACAACUACAGCAACUGCAGUGAAAGGAGCCGGAAGUGUACCGUACCUGAUUGUAGGUUUCAUUGUGACGAUAGUUUCACUGAUUGUCCUGUUGCAGCUUAUGAGGACUAUGAAGAGACAACAUAAAAUGGAUGGAAGUUUUCCUCCUGAUUAUCCACAAGACAAUGCAGAUGUUGUAAGUUUCUUUAAUUUUAUGCUAAUAAUAUGGAUUCUGAUUGUGAGAACACCAGACGUGAAGACCAGCAAACUGAAAGCCAAACUCUGCCUUUGA